AUGGCACCUAGUGCAAUUGAAGAACCGUCCACCGUGACUACCUUUGAGGCCAAAGGGGCACCUCCGGUGGACAAGCUCAAAACAGUGAUGGUAAACACGGAAGGCUUGAAGUAUCCUGAGUACUACCCGUACAACGACCCAAAUGACGUCUUCCCCGAGCCUGAGCCAUUCGAGUAUCACGAUCGUGCACUAGAUGCUGAUCCAGCGAUGCCUGUGUUCUACAACGAUCAUGUCAAGAUUGAAGAGCUUACGCCAUAUAUUGGAGUUCGUGUUACAGGUCUCGAUCUGGCGUCUCUGGACAAAGCCGGUCAAGAUCAGCUGGCUCUUCUUUGUGCCAAGAAGGGUAUCGUAUUCUUUGGCAGUGAUGAAAAGGUCAAGCAGACAUUCCGAGACGUUUCAUUGAAGAAAAAGUUAGAUAUGGUUCGUUAUUAUGGGCAGCUUCACCAACACGCAGUCCAACCGAGACCGCCAGAGUCUACUGAGAUCUCUGUUGUGUAUCAAGACAACAUGAACACGGUCAGAAGUGAUGCACCCUCCGGAGGUGACACUCUUGUUGGUAGUCUCGUUGAGGCGUAUGAGCGACUGAGUCCACCUAUGAAGCAGUUUCUUUGCGGUCUUAGAGCAGUGCACUCUUCAAAGGUCAUGACGGCGAAGGCGGCAAGAGUUGGCGGGGCUAGUCGGAGAAAGGAGGUCGAAUCAACCCAUCCUGUAGUUUAUGAGCAACCGGUCAGUGCCUAA